GAAUAGACCUCGGCUUCACUUGGCCCUGGGCUACGAGAGAAGAAGGAGCGCCCAUCACUAGAAAACAACAGGCUACAAACGCAACCUCGAUGCUGCUGUCGAAUCGUUCCUAGCGAAAUUGAUCGAUUCCCCAGGAGAAAAAAGUGUCCGUGCGUUUUGUUUUUCGUUUGGUGUGUCAUAUGUUAUUUUCACGCUGUGUCUGUGUGUUUGUGUGUCUAUCUGUGUGUUUAAAUAGCUAUUUUAUUGUGUCUGUGUUUGUGUAGCGGUCAGUAUUUUUGUGGGUUAAGGUGGUGCUGUGCAAAAGCAUAAAAUAGAAGGAAAAAAGAAGAAGAUCAAUUGAAAAGUGUCCAGAAGUGUGCAACAAACGACAGUGUUUUUCACAUGAGGAAAAGUGCAAUUGUGGGGCAGUGUGAUUGAAAAAGGCAAACCUUCCCGGCUUCAACGAACGGCUUCAGGAUGGAUAGGGCACGUUGCUAAGACGCGCGCUAGGAGAGGCAGCUGUUUGCAACGCGCGCGGAUCUGCUACAGCGACAACGGAAACCGACGACUGCCAGCGGAAACUGUUCCAGGUGGAAGAAACAACACAUUUCCAACGGUACCGUCGUGUUCGUUGGCCUCUUCCAUACCACACCGUGUCAUCUGUGGAUCCCGAAAAAUCGCAAGCACGGAAGACGUUUCUGUCCCGACCGAACUCAAGGACAGGGAAGCAUUCGUGUAUAAUUUUGUCCAAGGUCGUCGUGUGACAAUUUUGCCUUUCGACAGCGAAUUAUCGGAUUGAUGGUGUCCCGCAGCUUAAGAUUAACCCAUAGAACGCCAACCACACAGUGCAUGCGAACGCGUUACGUUGUCUUUGUCGCCGUGCCGAAGAAUGGCAGAACAAUGUACCGUCAGCAUUGAAGACAGCAAGCAGCACCAACAAGAGCAACCCGCCAUCUCCCAUGACGCUUCCUACCCCGCCAGCCGGAGUCCUCUAAGGAGCAGCAGUAUCAAAUCGCCCACAACGUGCGUGACGGCAACAGCAACCAGUGCGACGAUCACCAACACCGACGACGACGCCGCCGCCGGCAUCGAUGUUGCAGUGGAGGAUGAUGGCACCGAUGGUACCAGCACACCGAGGACAGCUUGCGAUCAUCGUUCGACCACCACCACCACCACCACCCCAACCAGUGGUGUGACCCCACUGUCAUUGGCCGGGGAUGACAGCGAUGGCGUGAAGCAGAAGCCCUACCGGUUGUUCUCGUCCAACACCGCCGACGAAAGCGAUCGGACGCAGCAUCACCAGCAACAUCAUCAUCAUCCUCAUUUGCUACGCAUGGACAGUAAUGGUAGCGAUGAUAUCGAUGGUAGUCUACGGCACGACGACGGGCCGGUCGACCGGCAGCAAAUGGAGCGUCCCAUCCUGCUGGAAACACCCGCAAUGGAGCGUGUGGAAGAAACGGACGGCGAAGGUGGUGUGGUGAAGCUGGAGCGUUCUGCUGAUGACGAUGGGGAGGGUGGCAUUGGCGUCGGUAAGCUGGCGACCAUCAGCGAAAAGCUGGCCGCAGUCAAACCGAAGCGCCUCAGCGAUGAAUUCUUCUCGGCAGACGACGAAAACGAUGACGAGGAGGACGAGGACGACGACGAGGAGCGUGAGGAGGAUGAAAGCAAACCGAACGCGGGCGGCUGCUCCGGUGGACCGGAUCGGAUGGUCGACAGUGAGGCUCAGGCAAGUCUGAGUGAGAUUAAAAAUCUCAGCAUCACCUGCUGCGGGAAGGUGAAGGAAGAGGCGGAGGACGGCGUGCAUGAGCAGGCUGCCGGUUUGUGUCCUUCCGGCUCCAAGGACGUGAAGCUGAACGUAACGGAGAUCAAGAAAGAGGAGCCGUUCCGUGCGGUUGACAGCAACAUCGAAGAUCCGGCGGAACAGCACGAGGAUGCCGGCGACGCUGAAGACGACGAUGAAGAGGCGGCAGAACUUCUGCUGGACGAUGUGCAAUCGAUGGACGCGAUCGAACGACGCGAUUUCGAGCAGGAGGGUGGCUUUUUGAUAAGAAACAGAUCACUGAUAUCUGGCGAUAGACUGAAUUUAGAAUUUUUAAAUAACACACAUCCCCGUCCCCCGUCGAACGUCGAGCGUACCGAGACGCAACCGGCGGAUCCGCAACCGGCAUCAUCGGAUGGAGAUGGGCCCGGCACUGGAGACACCUGCUCGCAACCGGCUGUCGAAGAUGUUCCAGCUCCAACAUCUUCUUCCUGCUCCUCCUCAUCCUCCUCUUCCUCCGCAUCGGUGGAAACGUGUACGGCGGCGCUGAGUGCGAAAGCGCCCGCACAGCACACAACCACACCAACGAGCAGUAGAUAUCAGCACAAGAAUCAUCAUCAUCAUCAUCAUCAUCAUCAUCAUCACCACAAGAAGCAUCGGGAGGGCAAAAAGGGGGGCAGCAAGAAGCGCGUAAACAGCACUGGUAGCGAUAGCUUUAGUAGUAGUUAUAAUAGGGAAACCGAGAACAUUUGUACAACCAGAUGCGCCGUGUACGAGCUUACGAUGGCCCUCUCCGCUAGUCUAGCUAAAUGGAACGAGCUGAAGUAUGAUCAGCUGGAGGCGCGUACCGGAGGCUCCAGCAGCACCAAGACGUCACCCGUGUCGUGCACAUUUGCCACCUCCUCCUCCUCCUCCUCCUCCAACGCGUGUUCGGCCGCUUCCUCCUGCUCCUCGUCCAACCACAAGCCGACGGGCACGCAACCCGCCAAAAAGGAAAGCAACCCGGAGCUUGCCGAUGCCUUUCUGAACGCGAACUCGAACGAUAGCGUUUCGUCGGAACGGUCCCUGUUUGGCGUGCAUGGCACGGCGGACGAGGAAACCACACUCACCACGGCCGAUGUGCAGGCGAAGGACGACGAUGCGCACACGCAUCACGAUCCCUGCUCCUCCACCUCGUCGACAGCAUCCUACUCGUCCUCGUCCUCGCCGGCCCAUUCACAGACAGCGCCGGCACAGCACGACGAGGACGUGUCGAUGGUGAUUUGCUCCUCGGCCGUUCUGCCACCGACUGCAUCGCAUUCGGCCACCUCCUCGGUUUCCUCAGCUCACGAAGAGCCGGUCACCAUCAAACGGGAACCGCCGGUGGACGGUAAACCCUUGUGCGGGGAAGACGACGAAAACGAGGAGGAGGAUGAGGAGGACGAAGAGGAGGCAGAGGAAGAGCGCGACGAGGAAGAGGAUGCUAAGGCAGUGAAUGUAAACGCGGCGGAACAAUUGUCAACGGCAGCACCACCUUCCAGCUGUUCCGGGGGAAGAACCAUCAAGGAGGAACCAGCGUCCGGUACGUCCGGCAAGCUAUCCUUCAGCUGUGCUUUUCCCAAGGAGGAGGGUAGCAAACCGUUGCUUCCAUCCACUUCUGCCAACGGUGGUGGCAUUGUGCCGAAGGUGGAGGAGGUGGAAUCGAAACCUCGUGCCAGUGGGUCCUCAGGACAGCAGCAGCAGCAGCAGCCACUGCCGCUACCACCGCAACACUCGCAACAUCACCAUCGACGGCAGAUUCAUCACCACCAUCAUCACCGUGCGGCUGGAGCCGGCGAAGCAACGAUCGCCACCUCAUCCGCACCCUCCUCGUCGUCUUCGCGUGUGGUAACGGUGAAUGCUGCGGCGGUUCAGGCUGGCCCAGCAGCGAGGGAUCCCGCGGCGGUGCCGGAAGUUGUGGUAGCUUCCUUCCAUCAGCAGCGCGACGCCAGCACAAACACCUCGAACUCGCCCGAAUCCAGCGAGCCGGAGAUCGAUGAGGAGGACUGGGCGGACUGCGAGGAGGGCACGGACGAGGAGGUGUGUACCUGCCGAGAUUACACGGACGAGGAUGGGUUUGCUAGCAGCGAGGAUGAGCUGCCAUCGCGGGAUGUCGAUCUCUCGAGCUACACGCACCUCGACACGAUAUCGGACGAUCUGUUGCACGACGCGCAGACGCCGCGGCUCCACCGGAAGCGGAAGCUGACGGAAAAUCGAACGAUACUGUACGGAGGCGAUAGUAGCAGCCCGUCGGCCGAAUCGCUGGCCUACAGCAGCCGCAAACGGUUGGCACUGGAUGGAUCGACGACCGUUACGGCCACGGCGGCUGGUGGUACCGGCAACGGUGCGUCACCAGGAUCGGCAGCAGCAGCCCCGGGAGCAGCAACGGGAGCAGCAACCACAACCGUACCAUCAACCGCGGUGACGCCUUUAUCCAAUGGCGGUGUAUCGACCACGCCGCGCUCAUCUUCCCUUCGAAGCCCAAUGAGCAUUACAACAACACCAACCUCAUCCACAUUGGGCGAACGAAAAACACCAAGAACCAUUAUUCCGACCAAAGAUAAUCCUCCUCCCGAGCUAAACGAAUGGUUGAUGCAAUUCCAGCGAUGGACGCACGUGGAGCGCUUGCUCGCGGUGGAUCGUUUGAUCGAGCACUGCGAACCGACCCAGGUGCGCCACAUGAUGAAGGUGAUCGAACCACAGUUCCAGCGCGACUUCAUCUCGCUGCUACCGAAGGAGCUGGCGCUGCAGGUCCUCUCCUACCUGGAACCGAAGGAUCUGCUGCGGGCCGCACAAACCUGCCGCAGCUGGCGCUUCCUGGCGGACGACAAUCUACUGUGGAAGGAAAAGUGCAAGGAGAGCGGUAUCGGUAUCGAACCGUCGACGGAUCGUCCGAAGCGGGGCCGCACCGGCAACAUGCCACCGAUAUCAUCGCCCUGGAAGGCGGCGUACAUGCGCCAGCACAUCAUCGAGAUGAACUGGCGCUCGCGACCGAUCCGCACGGCGAAGGUGCUGAAGGGCCAUGACGAUCACGUCAUCACGUGCCUUCAAUUUUGCGGCAACCGUAUCGUGUCCGGGUCCGACGACAAUACGCUCAAAGUUUGGUCCGCCAUCACGGGGAAGUGCCUUCGAACGCUUACUGGUCAUACGGGCGGUGUGUGGUCGUCGCAGAUGUCGGGCAACAUCAUCAUCUCCGGCAGUACGGAUCGUACCCUGCGCGUCUGGAAGGCCGACACGGGCCAGUGCAUGCACAUACUGCACGGUCACACAUCGACCGUGCGCUGUAUGCAUCUGCACGGCAACAAAGUCGUCAGUGGUUCGCGCGAUGCCACGUUGCGCGUGUGGGAUGUGAAUUUGGGCACUUGCUUGCACAUGCUGGUGGGCCAUCUGGCUGCGGUUCGGUGUGUACAGUACGAUGGUAAGCUGAUCGUGUCCGGUGCGUACGACUACAUGGUGAAGGUGUGGAACCCCGAGCGGCAGGAGUGUCUGCACACGCUGCAGGGACACACGAACCGUGUCUAUUCGCUGCAGUUUGACGGUAUUCAUGUGGUGUCCGGUUCGCUGGAUACGUCGAUACGCGUGUGGGAUGCGGAAACGGGCUCCUGCAAGCAUGCGCUCAUGGGCCACCAGAGCCUCACGUCGGGUAUGGAGCUGCGGCAGAAUAUUCUCGUGUCCGGUAAUGCCGACUCCACCGUAAAGGUGUGGGACAUCAUUACCGGCCAAUGUCUGCAGACACUGUCAGGACCCAACAAACACCAGUCGGCCGUCACCUGUCUGCAGUUCAACUCGCGCUUCGUCAUUACCAGCUCGGACGACGGUACCGUGAAGCUGUGGGAUGUAAAGACCGGUGAAUUUAUCCGCAACCUAGUGGCACUAGAGUCGGGCGGGUCCGGUGGCGUCGUAUGGCGUAUCCGUGCAAACGAUACGAAGCUGAUCUGUGCCGUUGGUUCGCGCAACGGUACGGAGGAAACCAAACUGAUGGUACUCGAUUUCGACGUGGAAGGUGCCUGCUUGAAAUGCUCAUAAUUUUUAAGAUGACUUCUGCUACUCCACAACACCGCCCUACCACUCACAGCUGCUGUUUCUGCGCCGCUAUACAACACACACACACACACACACACUGCGCUUUAGCUUAAUUUUAACCAUCCGUUUCCCUCACCCUUUCCCCCCCCCCCCCCUGCUAAGAAACCGAUUCGCGUAUAGCAAGAAGAAAAGAAAGCCCGCGCGAGCAGGAUAUACCACCAACACACCAAGGGUAAGGUAAGGGCCCCGCUCAAGUCAUUCAAAGCCUUUUGCUACGCUGCGCUAGAGACGGUUUCCACGUUCACGCGAAAAGAGGUGGUAAGCCGUUGGAAGCCGGGGUGGUGGUGGUGGCCUUUAAAUGGUUAAACAAAUGUAGAUAUGGCAGAGCCAGGCCAGAGACGAUCUGUGCCGGUGGCAGCAAACGAGACUGGCAAUAACGUGUGCAAUAACGUGCGCGCGCUGCUAGCACAAACGUGGAUGGAAGUUAAGCUUUUCUCUCCAAUCGAUCACAAUACAGCGCGCUCGGGUUUUUCUUUUUUCAUUUUAAAUUUUCUUCUCGCCUUUGAGCAUACCGAAAACCAUGUGUUUGUUCAGUGGCUUUUUAUUCCCCCAACCAAACCCCUCGUACCUAACACUCUUGCCAGAGAGACGACAAACUCAUAGGCAGUGGCGCGCGCGGUGGUGAUUUUUUAAAAAUAUUUUUUAAAUCGUUUUAUUCCAUCCACACAUUCACCGUCUGUUUGGUGUGUGUGUGUGUGUUUGUUGUGUUUCGGAUUGGUAGGACUUGUUGAACCUGGUGUGCGUAAACUCUGUUACUUUCUGUUUACUCUCUGUUCUAUUUUAUCUGUUUUACAGUUUUUAAGCUGUGUGUAUGUGUGUGUUUGUUAGUGUGGUUCUUCGUCUUUUUCUGUUCUGUUACCCCCUACCAACCGUUAAUGUGUUUCUUUAAUUUAAAUUUAGGACAAAAACUGUUUUCUCUGUUAUUAUCAUUGUCUUCCCUGUUCUCUGUCCUCGUCUCUACCGCAUACAUUUGCCCUUCUCGUGUGAAGGGCACUUUUUUCGAACCGGCGGUCAAGUUGCUGCAUACAGUCAAACAAUGUUUAAUCUAUUUAUUGCAAACCGUGCCCCCCUCCCCCGUGCCGGCAAACAUCAAAUUAGGACUGCUGCAAUUUAUACAAACACUCACCCAAACAAACGAAAGAGAAUAACACUCAUGGAUAGCAAGCAAGCAACAAACAGUUCGUUGAUAAUGCUUUAUUUUUUAUGCGUAACGUUAGUGUGUAGUAUAGUAGUCAACCGCGGCAACGGCAACGCAAAAACGCAGGAGGAACCCCGAUCGCCCCGCUUCCCCCACAAAUGUAUGGGCGUGGGCUGUUGUUGAAGGCAAUAUAAUAUAACUGGAGGAUUUGGUUGCGGGGGCUGGGAAACUGAGUGAGGGGGCGGGUAUUAGGAAAGGAUUCAAAUAAGCAAAAAGCAACAAAAAAGAAGAAAAACAAACAAUGCGCUGCUGCUCACAAACACAAAACCCAACCAACCGCUGCUACCACCCACAAAACAAGCAGGAAGGGAGCACGGCGGAACAAAAACAAAACAAAACAAAAAUAUUAAUUCUAGUGCGUAAGUGGACACAUCGGUCAGGAUAGCGAUAUAUGAAUAUAUAGUGGUAGGUUGUAGUAUAACCGCUGAUACAAAGGAAGAGAACGGCGCAACCCCAGCGCCAAACACACCCUCCCGUUAGAUUAGUCGGUAAAAGGAGAGGGGAAGGUGGGAAGGAGGUAGGAACGGAUUACAAGGAACAGAGAGAGAAAGGAGGGAGGGGGGGGGGAAGGAAUGGACAAGCUGAGAUGAGAAUGGAAACUGCUUUCGGUUCAGUUGUUACGUUUUCUAUCUCUCUCGUUCUCUCUUUCUAUUUCUCAUUCUCGCUCUCACUCUCACUCUUACAAAGCCGACAGGACUGCCAGGACGAUAGGAGAACUAGAUUUUAUUUCCCCAACGCUAAAUUUUACCUGUUUUUGUUUCCCAAUAUCUAUUGUCUUUUUCUUUUUAAUUCUCAGUUAUCGAAAUUCGGAAGUUCUUCUUACUGUGUUUUUCAUUUGUGUUUUUCGUUUUGUUCCUCUUUAAAUGGAAAGCGCAAUGUGUUUUAGUUAAUUGAAUGGGAAAACCGCUCCUCUCCUCGGUUUUUCUUCCUAUUACGUUUUGUGCGAAUUAUAGCAUAUAUGUGUGUGUGUGUGCGUACGAUAGGUAGGGGGUUCGGGGUAGGUACCGUUUUUCACACUUUUCUGCGAGUGAGUUUUUCUUUUUUAGUUUUCUGUUUUAGUAGAGAAAAGAUGGGAAGAGGAAAGUUCGAUUACGAUGCAGAGAAGCCGAAGGUGAAAUGUGAACUGUUGCAUUAGUUAUUAUCGUAGCUAAAAAACCGAAACACACGUAUUCCAAGCAGCAACACACAAACUCAGAACAAUAAUGCGCGCGCGCAUAACGAUACAGAAAGAAAGAAAUUCAAUAACACAACAACAAGAAGCCCUUAGCAAAAACAUGUAAA